AUGAGUUCUAACUCCGCCGCGGCGAGCAGCGGAGGAGGCAACAACAUCAAAGUUGUGGCCCGUUUUCGCCCUCAGAACAAAGUCGAAAUUGCCAAUGGAGGCCAACCUAUGGUCCAAUUCGCGGGGGAUGACACCUGCCUGGUUCAGUCCUCCGAAACCAAUGCGCCUUUCACCUUCGACCGAGUCUUUGGUAUGUCCUCUCAGCAAGCCGAUAUAUUCGAUUUCUCUAUUCGAUCCACCGUCGAAGAUGUUAUGAAUGGUUACAAUGGUACCGUUUUCGCGUACGGUCAAACCGGUGCCGGAAAAUCAUACACCAUGAUGGGUGAUAUGGAUGAUCCCGACAAGAAAGGUAUAAUACCGCGAAUCACCGAACAAAUUUUCGACUCCAUUCUCGUUCACGGUUCGGCCCAGAUCGAAUACACGGUAGGCAUCUCCUACUUGGAAAUCUACAUGGAAAGGAUACGUGAUUUGUUGAAUCCCGUCAUGGACAAUUUACCCAUCAAUGAAGGGCCCAAGGGUCCCUAUGUCAAAGGACUUCGAGAAAUCUAUGUCAACACGGUCGACGAGGUGUACACGGCCAUGCACUUGGGCCAACGAUCAAGAGUCACGGCCUCCACCAACAUGAACUUGGAAUCCUCCCGAUCACAUUCCAUCUUCUUGGUCACCAUAAAUCAGAAAGACGUCAAUACCGGUUCGCAAAAGAGUGGGAUGCUGUACCUGGUGGAUCUGGCCGGUUCCGAAAAGGUCGGCAAGACCGGUGCGAGUGGUCAAACUCUGGAAGAGGCCAAAAAGAUCAAUAAGAGUUUGAGUGCUCUCGGAAUGGUCAUCAACGCCCUUACAGAUGGAAAAUCCACCCACGUUCCCUACCGGGAUUCUAAAUUGACUCGAAUUCUGCAAGAAAGCUUGGGUGGUAACUCGAGGACGACGUUGAUCAUCAAUUGUUCUCCCAGCAGCUACAACGAUGCAGAAACGGUCAGCACUUUACGAUUUGGCAUGCGAGCGAAGACCAUCAAGAACAAGGCCAAGAUCAAUGCCGAAUUAAGUCCGGCCGAACUGAAACGUCAACUCAAGAUCGCUCAAAACCAAGCCAUGACCUUCGAGAAAUAUAUCGCGUCUGUAGAUUCCGAGUUGCAAUUAUGGAGAAAAGGGGAAAUCGUACCCAAAGACAAAUGGGUUGCUCCCUUGGGAGGUGCCGGCGGCAAGUCAGAAUCCAAGACGAGACCAGAGACUCCUUCUCGAGCACCCUCGGAUCUCCUCCGAUCAGAAACACCCAGUCGACCUGAUUCGCGAGCGGGCGAAAGGUCGAGCACCCCCAGCAUUAUUCUUGAGAAAGAUGAGCGAGAAGAAUUCCUCCGACGAGAAAAUGAAUUACAAGACCAGCUUUCCGAAAAAGAGACGCAAGCGGUCAAUGCUGAACGAAGCCUUCAAGAAGCACGAGAAGAAUUGAAAACGUAUAAAGAGAGUGCCAUGCGGGCAACCAAAGAAAACGAAACCAUCUCCGACCGACUCAACAAGACGCAAUUGGAAUUGCAGAAAUUGUCCUACCAAAGUAAAGAGGAUGCCAUUACGAUGGAGGGUCUGAAAGAUGCCAACUCCGAACUCGAGGCGGAGUUGAUUUCACUCAAGCAACAACUCCUCGAGCACAAGAUGAGCGCCAAAGAGACGACCGCGGCUCUAGAUGAAAAGGACCGCAAGAAGAAAGAGAAGAUGGCCAAAAUGAUGGCCGGCUUCGAUCUUGGAGAUAAUGCCUUUUCCGACAACGAAAAUCGUAUGCGAGAUAUGCUGGAUCAAGUGGAUUCCUUACAUGCCGCGAGCAUGAAUGGCGAAAGCGUGCCCACUCCUGUUUUGGAGGAUCUCCGAGCCAAAUUACUGGAAUCACAAAAUCUGGUCCGACAAGCCGAGAAAUCCUUGACUGAUCGAGCCGAGAAUGAUGCCGAAGAGCGCACUAUCGCGCUAGAAGAGAAAUUGGCCGCCGUUCAACAAGAUUAUGAAGAAUUGCUGACCCGCAACCUGAGCUCCGAGGAUGUGGAUGAGGUCAAGGCCAAACUCGAGCAACUAUACUCAGAUCGCAAGGAAACGCAAUACGAGCUCGUCCAAGAUCUGAGAGAUCAACUGACUCACAAGUCGCACGAAAUCGACCGGCUGCAAAAAUCUAUUACCGACCUGCAAUCCCGCAGUGUGGCCAAUGGACCAGCCCCCGUGUCCAACGGAGUCACCAACAAGACUCUUCAACAACAGAUUGCAGACUUUGAUGUGAUGAAGAAGAAUCUCAUGCGCGACCUGCAAAACCGAUGCGAACGGGUGGUGGAGCUGGAAAUUUCACUCGACGAGACUCGAGAACAGUACAACAACGUGCUUCGAUCAAGCAACAAUCGUCAACAACAAAAGAAGAUGGCAUUCUUGGAGCGCAAUCUUGAACAACUGACCGUGGUGCAAAGACAGCUCGUCGAUCAGAACACGAGCCUGAAGAAGGAAGUCGCUAUAGCGGAGCGGAAAUUGAUUGCCCGAAACGAACGCAUUCUGAGUCUGGAAAGUUUGUUGAGUGAUAGUCAAGACAAGUUGACCGCGGCCAAUCAUCGAUUCGAAGCACAGCUCGCUGCUGUGAAAGAACGUCUAGAAGCAGCGAAAGUUUCGUCGAGAAAUGUGGCAGCCGCUGGUGCUGGUGGAGCAGGCGGGUUCAAUAGCCUCAUGAAUGCUGGCGCCCGAAUAGCAAAACCUCUUCGUGGAGGAGGUGGUGCCCCAACGGGUCUUGAUGGCGCCAAUGGUGCACCCUCCUUACCUAUUAUUUCGAAUCUGAGUGCAUCAGAAGGUGGUAACAAGCGGAGCAGUUGGUUUUUCAACACAAAUCGAUGA